CACUUAUGUAAAAUUCUGUCAGUCGUUGUCAGAUUUGAAUUUUCAAAAGAAAUCGAAAAGGUACUAUCGAUAGAUCGAAAUUAUCGAUAGUUUCGUCGUCACUACUUCUUCUACGCUGUUCCAAGCGUUUUAUAGUAAAAGUGUCAUAGGUCACAGGUUUUUCUUUUUCAAUAAUGGCAGACUCUGAUGACGAGUAUGAUCGUAAAAGGAGAGAUAAAUUUCGUGGAGAAAGAACGGAAUCAUAUUCGAGAGAAGGUAGAAGAGAAGAUCGUCGACGAGAUGAUUGGGUUGAUAGGAGGAAUCACAAAAAAUCCGUUGUUCGAUCUCCAAGUUCCAAUCCCUUCUCAUCUUCCUCUCCUCCGUAUCCCUCUUCUAUAGGAUCAAUGUUGGUAAAAAGAGAGUGGUCAAGCCGUCCACGAGCCAGGCCUGAUUAUCGUGAAUAUCGCGGGGGUGGUGGAGGCGGUGGUCGUGACCGUUACAGCCCCGCUCGGUCACAAGAAAUGGCACCACCAAUGAAAAGAAUGCGCAGUGAUUGGGACGAUAGACCGCGAUAUGGACACGAUUAUUACAGUGGUGGCGGCGGUGGUGGAGGUGGAGGUGGUGGAGGAGGCGGAGGUGGUGGUGGAUCUUGGGGCUCAGAUCACUAUCCUCAACAUCAUGGAAAUCAUCACUAUAGCAACCACAGUAACAGUAGCAGUCGAGAAGUUUCGGGGAAUUUUAAUAAUUCCAAUGUCGAAACACAACCACCGAUGAUGACUUUUAAAGCAUUCUUGGGCACUCAAGAAGAUACAAUCACUGACGAAGAAGCAAUUAAACGGUACAAUGAGUAUAAACUAGAAUUCCGACGACAACAAUUGAACGAAUUUUUUGUUGCCCACAAGGACGAAGAAUGGUUCAAGAUAAAGUAUCAUCCAGAGGAAUCCGUGAAAAAGAAAGAUGAACAAUUGGCCACGUUAAAGAAACGUGUUGAAGUAUUUUUGGAUUUGCUCGAUAGCGAAAAUAUCGAGAAAGUCUCUGUUGAUAUCGAUCAAACUGAUGCUUUGCUACGACUUUUUGACUCUGUUGUUAUAAAAUUAGAAGGAGGAACAGAGGAGGAUUUAAAAAUUUUGGAUGUAAAACCUCCCAAACCUGUGACGCAGGUUCCAGAACCUGUAGCCGUACCUAAAGAGAAAGAAGAAGUAAAGGAAACUAAGGCACCUGUAGAAAAGAAAGUUGAAGAAAGCACGGAAAGUAAAAAGAGUCCUCGCGCUGAAACCGAAGAAGACAAACAAAAUGGUGACGUUGAAAUGAAGGAUGAAAAGAAAGAAACUGAAGAAGAAGAGGAGGAGGAGACUGAGAAAAAGGAAGAUGAAGACGAAGAAAUGAAAGAGGAGAAACCUGAAAAAGUUGAAUCGACAGAAAACGAAAAGGAAAAGGAAGUUUCUGAAAGUACUACAAAGAAACGAAAACGAAGUAAUAGUAAUAGUAGUACAAGCAGUAAUAGUAGUUCAAGUUCCUCCGAUAGCGAUGAUAAUACACCAGCGACUGAAUCAAAUGUAGAGACUAAGGAGGAGGAAGAGGAGGAAGAGAAAGAGAAGGAAGUCGAAGAGGAGGAGGAGGAUAAGGAGGAGAAGAAGGAGAAGGAGAGCGAGAAUGAAGCAGAGAUGGAGACGGAGAAGGAAAAGGAACGAGACAUGGAAAAGGAGAAGGAAAAAAAGAAAGAGAAAGAAUCUGUCGAGGAGGAAAGUGUAAAUGAGAAAAAGGAAACAUUAGAACCCGAAGCUGUUAUCGAUUUAGCCAGUGAAGAUAAAGAAAAAGAACCUCGAGCUCUUCAUAAAACAAGCAGUAUCUUCCUCAGGAAUUUGGCACCUACAAUAACUAAAGCCGAAGUUGAAGCGAUGUGUAAACGAUUUAAUGGAUUCCUGAGAGUUGCAAUUGCGGAUCCGCAACCCGAGCGUCGUUGGUUCCGACGUGGAUGGGUAUCAUUUGAACGUCAAGUAAACAUCAAAGAAAUAUGCUGGAGUUUAAAUAACAUUCGGCUUCGAGAUUGCGAAUUGGGCGCAAUAGUGAAUAGAGAUCUCUCUCGUCGUGUACGCGCCGUUAAUGGAAUGACUGCUCACAAACAGGUAGUGAGACAGGACAUCAAGUUAAGUGCAAAAAUUGUGCACAAUUUAGACAGUCGCGUGGGACUCUGGGUUGACGAGAAGAAAGAACAAGAUAAGAGUGAAGAAAAGAAGGACACUAAAAUUACUGAUCAAAUGGCUAUGGAUUUGGAACAAGCUUCUUUUGGGCUCUCGUCGAAAAAUCCUGUUUUGAAAAAUAUCACCGAUUACCUCAUCGAAGAGGCCUCGGCAGAGGAAGAGGAAUUAUUGGGAAUGUCUGCCGAUCAUGAGGAGGGACAACUUGGUGGCGAUUCUGAUGGACCCAUUGAAAGAGAUCCGAUAUUAAUAAAAGUUUUGGACAGAUUGAUUUUAUAUUUGAGAAUAGUACAUUCCGUAGAUUACUAUAACCAUUGCGAGUAUCCAAAUGAAGACGAGAUGCCAAAUAGGUGUGGAAUAAUACACGUCAGGGGUCAACCACCUUCGUCUAAAGUUUCCAGCACUGAAUUGUCGGAAUAUUCCCGUAAUUUCGAAACCAAAAUGUCAGCUUUUCUAGCUCCGAUGGUUACCGUCACUGCUGACGAUUUCGAUAAAUUAGGAGCCAAAGAUGCCGAAGCAGAGGUAGAGAAAUUUGUUCAAGCAAACACUCAGGAACUGUCAAAAGACAAAUGGCUCUGUCCCCUCAGUGGAAAAAAAUUCAAAGGUCCUGAUUUCAUCCGCAAGCAUAUUUUCAAUAAACACGCGGAAAAAGUAGCCGAAGUAAAAGCUGAAGCUGAGUAUUUCAACAACUAUCUAAAAGAUCCGAAACGUCCCCAACUUUCCGAACAUCCUGGUAAUAAAGCUCCAGCCAGAGAAACUGCACGCGAAGGAUUCUCCAACUUCAACUCUGGUACUACCGGAAUCGUACCACUACCAUUAUCCCGAAAAACAUUUGGUGGUGGCUUCGGAGGAGGCGGUGGAUAUGGAGGAGGCCGAGGCGGAUACGGUGGAAAUUUCGGCAACAGCGGCGGCGGUGGUUUUGGAUUCGGAAUGUCUCGCUCGAAUCGUGGAGGUUUCAAUCGAGGACGAGGAGGUGGUGAUUUCAGACCAGUUAUUCAUUACCGUGACCUCGAUGCACCUCGAGAACCAGAUGAGUUUUUAUAAAAUAUCCUCAUUUUGAAGACUUUCUUUAAAAAUAAAAAAAGAUAUCAGAAAUAUGCUAGCACAACUUGAGUUAAAAAUAAUACAGAUAUUAUUUCAUAUAAAUAUUGUAAUAUGAAACGAAAUUUGUUUUAGGGUCCCCUUUAAAAUAUGUAAUAUAACGUAAUUUUUCACUUUAGGUACCUAUGAAAAAAAUAAUUUCAUAGUUUUUUGACACUUGUUUCUUUUUUCUUCUCAUUUAAAUAUUUAAAUGUUAAGUCAAUUAAAAGAAAACAAAAUAAGAAAAAAUGGAAAUAAUUCAAAACUAUAAUAAUCAAUAAUCAAAUAUUGAAUUGAAUGCAUAUAAUAUAUUAUUUUUAACUAAAGAAAAUGAAAAAAUAUAUUUUACGUUAUGACUAAAAUUGAAAAUUAUUUGAAAAACUUAUAUAAAAAAGAAACGUUUAUUAUGUGGUUUUUCAUUGAAAAAUUAUUUCCACUUGAAUGAAACUAAUGUAAUAUUAUUGUCAGGAAUGUUAAUAAUAUUAUUUUCAAUAAUAUUCGUAAAUAUUCGUUUACAUUAUUCUGAAUUAUUAUUUCCGACUUGAAAAUCGUCGAUUAAAAAAAUUGUGAAUGAUAUAAGACGUAUCAAUUUUGUCGUGUAAUAAAUAUGAACUACAAGAAAAUUA